CGAUCCCAGCGCCGCCGCCUCAUGGAGCCGCACGGGCCCGCCUGUCCCGGCAGCGUCCUCUUCGGCUGUGAGCUGACUGCCAGUACCAAAUCCUACACAUUUCAGGUGGAUGAAGAAGACAACUUUGACCACAUUUUAUCACUGUCUACGGUCUGCCUCACUGAUGGUGCCAAGGACGAGUGCAACGUGGUGGAAGUCGUUGGGCGGAACCAUGAGAACCAAGAAAUCGCUGUGCCUGUGGCAAACCUGAAGCUGUCAUGCCAGCCCUUGCUGAGUCUGGACAACUUCAAGCUGCAGCCUCCAGUGACCUUUCGGCUGGCAGCAGGCUCUGGCCCAGUGCACCUGGCUGGCUGGCACAGGAUCAGUACUCACUGGGACUUCUCUCCCUGGAUGAUUUUUACCUUGGAUACCAGUUCCCAUGACCUCAACAUUUGCUGCUUUUUUUUUUUUUUUUUUAAUGCUGUUUUAACUAUUUGGGAAGCAGAGGCUGCUCCCAGCACUGAAGUGUCUCCUUUCACACAGCCCUGGGAGGGUGAUCCCAAAACUGGAUGGCUGCUGCUGGUGUAUCCCCUGUCUCUGAUCCCUGUUCUGGGAGCUGGGGAUGGAGGAGGUGAUCCUUACCCUGUGCCUUUUUGCUGUCCUGGACUUCUGCUCUGUGCACCCCCUUUCCCUGGCUGUGAAACACUCAGUCCUGGCCCCAUGUCCAGCAGGUGGGUGUAAAGCCAGUGUGGGACAGGCACUUUCACUGAUUCUAAUGUGUUUGCUUUUGCUUACUCACAGUUUGGUGGUUUUUACUUGGAAGUGUAAAAGUGGGGCCCAUGCUCUGUUCUCAGCUGCGGUUAUGGUGGG